UAUUCCCAUCUCUAGUGACAAAUCUUAAAAUGAUAAUAUAAUUCAAUCUUAUCAUAUUGUUGGAAAAACAUUAGACCUGUUGUGAUAUGCUAAUUACUAGCGUGUAAAAAGUAUAGACAAAAGUCAAAAUGUCGGUUCACUACAAGUUUAAGAGUACCCUUCAUUUCGAUACAAUUACCUUCGAUGGUCUGCAUAUAUCGGUUGCGGAUUUAAAAAGAGAGAUCAUACAGCAGAAACGGUUGGGAAAAAUCAUCGAUUUCGAUCUUCAAAUUACAAAUGCUCAAAAUAAAGAAGAAUAUAAAGAUGAUAACUUCUUAAUACCAAAAAACACCACGUUGAUUAUUUCUCGGAUUCCGAUUGCACAUCCCGUUAAAAAAGGAUGGGAUCCAGCCGCAGAAAAUACAGUUGCAGCGGCGCCCACAAAUAAGUCGGAGAAUUUAAAUAUGGAUCUGUUUAAAAUGCAAGGAAGCGAAGAGGAAAAAAUUCAAGCUAUGAUGAUGCAGAGCACUGCGGAUUAUGAUCCUAAAACAUACCAUCGCAUAAAGGGACAGUCGCAAGUUGGUGAGGUGCCGGCUUCUUAUCGCUGUAACAAAUGUAAGCGAGGUGGCCACUGGAUUAAGAAUUGUACGUUUGCUGGAGGGAAGGAACAAUAUGAAGUGAAGAGAACUACGGGGAUUCCCCGCUCAUUUAGGGGCAAGCCAGAAAUAUCAAUUGAACCAGAGGCAUCAAAAUAUUUAAUGUCCACUGAAAAGGAGCAAGAAAUCCCAGAAGAUUUGAUAUGUGGAAUUUGUCGGAACAUUUUCGUUGAUGCCGUUAUGAUUCCCUGUUGCGGAAGUUCUUUUUGCGAUGACUGUGUACGCACUUCGUUGCUGGAGUCGGAAGAUAGCGAGUGUCCAGAUUGUAAAGAAAAAAACUGUUCGCCGGGUUCUUUGAUUCCAAAUCGAUUUUUGAGGAACUCUGUAAACGUCUUUAAAAAUGAAUCUGGCUACAAAUUAGCCGCCUAUAAACCUGUUAGCAAAGCAACUCCCCCAGCUGAAAAAAAGGAGGACGAAGUUGCAGCUGAGCUUCCGGAAGAAUCAAGUCAAACACAGGAUGAAGAACCUCAGAAUGAGCAGGAGGAGAAUAAACCAGAUACAGAGGAAGAAGAGGACGAAGAAGAGGAUGGAGGAGAAAAUGAUGCUCCUGAAGCCUCAAACAUAAAUAGUAUUGACCCAAUCGCUAUUCCUUCAUAUUCACAAAAGUCGCAUGGCAAUAACGUAAUACAACGUCGUGAUCACAAUUAUGAAUAUAAAUCGGAUUUGGAUAUGAAACCGCAAAGCAACUAUCCUAAAAGUGAUGUUAAGCAAGAGCGAAGCCUUUUGCCUACGCCAGUUGGCACUCAUCAUAAGCCGCAAUAUCCAAAUCAUAAUAUGAACGAUCAGCGCGAUAAGCCGGUAAUGAAUCCUGAGCAAGAUCAUCGCAUGGGUAUAUAUAAACCUCCAUAUAUGCAAAUGCCUCGAUUACCGACAAUGCAUCAACAUAUGGCGCCUUACAAUAAUGGAUAUAAUAAUAUACAACACAGGCCACCGAUGAGUUUCGGUCAUUAUCAAAAUCAACCUGUGCAUCAAAUAAAUGCACCAUAUAUUCCACCUGGAAACAUGAAUAUAAAUCCUUCGCAAACAUUUCAAUCAUCGAAUUUGGCUUCCAUUUAUCAAGGAGUUGCAGCAAAAGUUGGCACUGGACUCAUAGACGAUCCACUUGAAGCGUUUAACAGAAUUAUGAAGGAGAAAGAAAAGCAAAAAGUGGAACGUCGGCGUAGUCCAGGCCAUCACAGAUCACGAUCUCCUGGGCGACCGAGACAUCGCUUCAAGUCCCCAAUAUAUGACCGAGGUUCGUCCAGGGGAAAUGAGAAUAAGGAGAAGCGACCACGAUCUCGGGAACGGAAACGUGAAUACAGUUAUGAGCGAGGACGACCAAGUCGUCUUGUACGCCAUUCAAGCCCUGGAUCCAAUUCACCAAGUGACAAGAAGAAGAGGUAUGUGCAUCGACGUUCUCCAUCGCCAAAACAAGGUCAUAAACAGAGAUUAAGAGAAAAGUCGUUGCCCAAACCUCUAUAUGGAUCGAAACCAGAUACUGUGGAACCGCCGCCGCCUGGUUUUGAAUCGUUGCCGAUUGAAAACAUUGCUGAUAAUGAUAGAGACCGAAACAAUAAGCCUGUUGAUCAUGAUAUCGUCAGGCAUGCAGAGGACGAUCAUCAUUCGCGAAAGAGACAAAGACCCUCCAGUAAGACUCUGGAUACCAAAACCGAUGAACAUAGUUCCAAAAGCCUUACGCCACCCUCAAAGUCAAAGACUGCGAAAAUUGCAAAAAUCGAAGGUCCUGAUUUGGUUGAUAGAUCUCCAAAAACACCUGAGAGAAAUGAAAAGGAUUCCCAUUCGAUGGUUAUGGACAAGCACCAGAGCGAGCUGUCAUUUGAUCCGGAAAAUAAAACGAAUAUUGUAAAGCCACAUGAUCGUUUAGAGACUGGCAGUAAUACAGGAAAAGAAAAUAAUCUGCAGUCGAAAGAUCGGAAAAAGAAGAAAAAGGAAAAAUCGGAACGCAAGAAAAACAAGAAAGAUAAGAAGGAGAAGGAUAAGGAGAAGGAGAAAAGGGAUAAAAUUAAAAAAGUCUACUCAGAAAGCGUUGAGUCAGCAUCCGCGUCUGAGAAAGGCUUGAACCUCGAUGCCCCAAUGGAUCCAUGUAAUGAAAGUGCUGAAUUUAAUUCAAAUGAUAUACUGCAAAAUAUUUCGGAUUGCAUUGAGCUUGAUACAUCAAAACGAAAUGAUUCAAUUCUUAGCAUCGAGGUGACAGAUCACGAUUUAAAUAGAGAACAUAAUUCCUCAAUUCAUGAAAUGAAUGAUGUUAAAAUUUCAAAGUGGGAGUUAGAUGAUAGUAAUUUAAACAGUAAUUUUUUAGAUCCCAGUAGAAAAGUGUCCUGUAAUAAAAUGCAAGAUCAUUCGGAAAUAACAUCUGAUGUUCUUCGUAAAGCGGAACAUGCAAUUUUUGCAAAAGCUAUUAACGCUAUACGACCGGUCGAGUUUAAAGUCGUCAUUGAUGCGAAGCGCAGUAGCAAAGAUCGUUCCAUUACAGUAAAACCUGAUCAUAAGGAUCGUGACCGUGAACGUGAUCGUGACCGUGAUCGUGAACGCGAUCGUGAACGCGAUCGUGAUCGUUCUCAUUCCCCAAAGGCUAGCAUUAAUAAAUCCGUCAAAGAAAGGCUAGGGAAUAAAGUUGUUAACGAACGCAAUUACUCAUCAGAUCGCUCGAAGAAUGAUCGCGAUCGUCGGGAGAACUCGGAGAGAAAGUCAAGUCGCGACCGAUACAAAUACAGUUCUUCAAGUUACAGCUCCAGAAAACGUGAGAAGGAUUCCAAAGAACGUGUUGUGGCAAUUGAAAGGAGAUUUGACGAUCAACGAAAUCGUAAGUCGACUGAAAGGGAAGUGAUAAGUAUAUCACGCAGAGAUUCAAAUUAUUCGGAUUCCAACAAAUAUAAAUCCCAAAACAAGGACAAGUCAUCAACAUCUGGCACAAAAAGUGAUAAGCGAAAUUAUGAAUCAGAUCGAAGCCCUUAUAGGAGAGCCAAAUCAGGAGAAUCCCGCUUGAUUGCGUCAAUUGCUUCGAGGCCAUCAAAGCCCGUUCGUCCAGAUAACCCUUUCCGAAAGUUUGACGAGAACAAUUCUUCUAGUAAUAAGGUAUCAAAAUUCGAUAAUUCUUUGAAGCGGGAUGGUACUUCUCAAUCUUCAGAUCAAGGCGACAAUAAGAGAAGAAAAGAUAAAAAACUCAAAAAAGAAAAGACCUUAAAAAAGGCUUCGUCGACAGAAUCGGUAAAAAGUGAUAAGCGAAAAGAUGUAAAAAGUAAAAAAAAAAAUAAAAUACUAAAAAAAAAGAAAAAGUCCAGAAAGUAAGUUUUUGAAUAUCACAGCAGAGAAGUCAGCGCGAAAAAAUUACUUAAAAUAUAUGAUAUACGAUAUUAAUAAAAGAAAAUACAACCAAUAUUGUAAAUGAAAAAUCGUGUCUUUUUUUCAUUAAUUUCAAGGAAUAAAUAAUGCGAAUUUAA